UGUCCUGUCCUACCUAUCCUACCUAUCCUUUGCCCUCUUCAUCAAUUUCUCCUCCAGCGGCGCGGCUCUUGCCCACAAAGUGCUCGCUCGCUCGCUCGCUCACUCUCACUCACUCACUCACUCACUCACGCCGAACCCUUCGAGAUCUCAUCCUCGCUCCGACCGUCCAUUGGCUCCAGCCUCUUGAAGAUAGGCUCCAAGGACCCCGGGACCAACUUGCAGCGGCUGCGGCUACGCGAGACCAACAAGAGUCCCGAAAUUUGUCUCAGUGGCGGCUUCGUGUUUCACACAGCCCAUCGCCCCUCGAGUCUUUAUACAGCCUGUGCUCCGUCAAAUCCGCACCUUGCUGUUGUUACACGGCUUCUCGUUGCUGUAGGGUUCGACUUCAUUGUCCUCUGACCUGCAGUGCAGCUUUGAGCCAUAUACAGCUGGGACAGCAAACCUGCCCACCCCUUCUUACCACCUUACCUUACCGUUGGGUAGCGAGCAAACCACAAGCCAUGGCGCCACGAAGUCCCUAUUCAUCCAGCAGCCGUGAGCUUCACGUCGUCGUUCUCGGUGCAGGUGGCGUCGGCAAAAGUUGCCUUACUGCCCAGUUUGUUCAUAAUGAAUGGAUCGAGAGCUAUGAUCCUACAAUUGAGGACUCGUACCGCACUCAAGUUCAGGUGGAUGGUCGACAAGUUAUUUUGGAGAUCCUCGAUACUGCUGGCACCGAACAGUUCGUGGCUAUGCGAGACUUGUACAUGAAAACCGGCCAAGGCUUCCUGCUCGUUUUCAGUAUCACAUCGGCCUCGUCGCUGAACGAACUAGAGGGCCUGCGAGAAGAGAUUCUCCGCAUCAAGGAUGAUGACAACGUCCCCAUGGUCAUUGUUGGCAACAAGGCCGAUUUGGAAGAGGCAAGAGCCAUUCCUCGCGCCAAGGGUUUUGCCAUCUCACAGAAAUGGGGAGCUCCAUACUAUGAAGCCAGUGCCAGAACCAGGACAAACGUUGAUGAGGUCUUCAUUGACCUUUGCCGCCAAAUGUUACGCAAAGAAGACGACACGACGGACCCCGACGACGCCUCAAGGAUAGACGCGCUCAAGCCCACCAACAACAAGCGCAGACGGCGUUCCAAGUUCCGUGACUCCACCCACCCACGAUGCGUGAUACUGUAG